GCAGCCAACUCUACCACCUUUGUUGUCAGUGGUUGAAGCCAGAGAAGCACAGCAAGGCUGAGAUCCUGGACCUGGUGAUCCUGGAGCAGUUCCUGGCCAUCCUGACCCCGGAGCUGGGCAGCUGGGUGAGGGAGUGUGGAGCAGAAACCAGUUCCCAAGCGGUGGCCCUGGUGGAAGGCUUCCUCCUGAGCCAGGCCGAGGACAAGAAGCAGAGGGAGCUGCAGUUGUUUCUGAUGCAAGGACCAUUGAUGGAAGUGGUCACUGAGUGGCCCACACCAAGCGUGCCUCUGUCUAAAUCCUCCCAGGAGCUGUUCUGGGAUGUGAAUUUUCCAAAGGGUCAAGCUCAGGACAUGUCACCAGAGAGCAGAACAACAUUGCUGGAUCUUGUAGAAGCAUCUCCUCUUCAUGUUGAAGCAGAAACUGCAGAUAUGGUCCCAGUUCAGAGUCCUGUGUCCUUCAUGGAUGUGGCUGUGUGUUUUACUGAAGAGGAGUGGACUCUCCUGGAUGCUGACCAAAAAGCUCUUCAUGAGGAAGUCAUGCUGGAGAAUUCUAGGAAUGUGGCUUCUCUGGGAGAUGGCCAAGAGAAUAAGAAUGACCAAAAGGCAGAUACGGUGCCGUCACAGCUAUUCAAGCCUGAAAUGGGAGAAGAGAUUAUUGAAAAUCAAGAAGGACCAAGAAGGCACGAGAGAAACCACUCAGACAAAAGAAUAAAGACAUUCUCUACUUCUCCAUGUGCAGAAAUCCAAGAAUUGCUGACUCAACAAGUUCAUGAAGGAGAUAGAUGGGGAGAGUAUUUAGGGAAAAUAUUGAAAGAUACCUCAGAUUUAUAUAAACAUCUUACAACACAUCCUAAAGAGAAGGUGGACGAACAUAGCAAGGAUGGGAAAAGUUGCAAUUUGGUGUUCCCUCUUAACUUACAUCAGAGGGUCUGUGUAAGAGAGAAGCCAUAUAAUUGCAUGGAAUGUGGGGAAGCUUUCAGCAAGAGCAAUACUGUAACAUCACAUGAAAGGAUCCACACAAGGGAGAAGCCAUAUAAAUGCCUGGAAUGUGGUAAGUGCUUCAGUGGUUGUAGUUCCCUUGCAUCUCAUAAAAGGAUCCACACUGGGGAGAAACCCUACAAGUGCAUGGAGUGUGGGAAGAGCUUCAGUGGAUGCAGCUCCCUUUCUUCCCAUAAAAGGGUCCACACGGGGGAGAAACCGUACAAAUGCCUGGAGUGUGGGAAGAGCUUCAGGUGGAGCAGCGACCUCACUAUUCACAAAAGGAUCCACACUGGGGAGAAGCCGUACAAAUGCACGGAAUGUGAAAAGAGCUUCAGUAGGUGCAGUGAACUUACUUCCCAUAAGAGGAUCCACACAGGGGAGAAACCGUAUCAAUGCGCAGUGUGUGGAAAGAGCUUCAGCGACAGCAGUAUCUUCGCUUGCCAUAAAAGGACCCACACGGGGGCAAAACCCUACAAAUGUUUGGAGUGUAAUAAACGGUUCAGUUGUUGGAGUUCCCUUUCGUCCCAUAAAAGGAUCCAUACAGGGGAAAAGCCAUAUAAAUGCAUGGAAUGCGGCAAAUGUUUUAGCGAUUGCAGUUCCCUUACGUUCCAUAAAAGGAUCCACACGGGGGAGAAACCAUAUAAGUGCAUGGAGUGUGGGAAGAACUUCAGGUGGAACAGUGACCUUACUUCCCAUAAAAGGACUCACACAGGGGAGAAACCGUAUAAGUGUAUCGAAUGUGGAAAGUGCUUCAGUACGUGCAGCGGCCUUACUUCCCACAGAAGGACCCACACAGGAGAGAAACCCUAUAAAUGUAUGGAGUGUGGAAAGAGCUUCAAACAAAGCAGAUCCCUUACUUCUCAUAAAAGCAUCCACACAGGAGAGAAACUAUACACGUGCCUGGAGUGUGGAAAAAGCUUCAGGUUGAGCAGAUCACUCAAUUCCCAUAAAUGGAUCCAUGUGAGAGAGAAGGCACAUUCAUUUAUGGAAAGUGGAAAGACCUUCAGUAACUGUAGUGACUUAAUUGCUCAUGAAGAGAGCAGCAUAGGGGAGAUGCAAUGGAGUGUGGAAAGAGCUUCAGUAUCAACUGAAACCUUAUUUAAUAUUAAAGAACUCAUUUAGGGGGAGGUCAUAUAAACCAGAAGUGCACAUGUUUCUUGACAACGUGAUCUGCUGAUCAUCUUUGGAUGUUAUGAUGAAACCUAAAUUGAAAUUUAUGUAAAUUUGUGUAAUUAAGUUUCAAAGUAUAUCCAAUAUGAUUCUUCCCCGAUUGUAUUUUUUAGGGGCAAAGUGAUGGGGAUGUUCAGUAAGAAUACUAAUGUAUGUGAAAAGGGCUG